AUGGAGAACCAAGGCCAAAAGGGGAAAGGAAAGUUCAAUGACGGCAAAGGCAGAGGCGACAGAGACUGGGGGGAAGACAAAGGGGAUAGAAAAGGAGAUCGGAAUGGCUUUGAGAAGGGCAAGAAAGGAGAUCGCAAAGGCAAAGGAGAGAAAGGAGAAAAGGGAGACAGAAAAGGUGACGGCAAGGGCGAGAAAGGUGGUAAGGGCAAGCGAGAGGCAAAGGUAGUCGCCAAGGGCCUGCGCGGCAAAAUCAUUAUGUUUGUAAAUGGAAAGCUCAGCGGCUUCAUUCAACGGCCAGAUGGCGAGAAAGAUGUCUUUUUUGACUUGGCUGACGUUGUUGACGGGGAGCCAGUCGAGCGCGAUGACAUCGUGGAGUUCGACAUUGUGGAGGGCAUGGACAAAAAGCUGUAUGGAUCAAAGGUGAAGAAACUUCCCAAAGAGACAGAUCUCAAAGAGGAGUCACAUGUCUUGAAGUCCAAGACAGUCCACACAGCCUCCAAAGCAGGAUCAUUGACUGGUGGCCUCAGCCUCGGUCCAAGCUCCCGACUUGGAGCUGGCAAACUAAGUGCCCCAGUGUCACUGAGACCGGGAGGCUCACUAGCACCAACAGUUUCAGGUGCAGCAAAGCCGAAAGAGCCUAAAGAGGAACUGCCAGAGGAACUUCCACAAGAUCAAGAGAGUUGCCUGUGGGGCCGUAUUGUGAACGUCUACGGUGGUUUCGGCUUCUUGAAGCAGCUUGGUGAUGCCGAUGCACAAGACAUUUUCUUCAGAGCUGCAGAUGUGAUAGGCAUGAACUCCCUCGACCCAGGCAGUCCAUCAACGGAGUGUCUGGAAAUUGUGCUUGCAAACACGAGGAAUGCAAACGGGUUCAAGAAAUUCUACAUCAACUUGGAAGACGAAGUCUCCUUUGUGAUGUCCAAGGACCACACUGGAAAGCCAUGCGCAGCUGCGGUGAUGAAGGUUUACUCGAGCAGUGGGAUUCAGACUCAAAGUCUUCAUGAUGUUGAAAGAACUUACACUUACACAAUACCCUGCGUGCCAAAGCAGGCAACUUCGGAACUGCAGUUUAAGAGAGGUCAACAAUCUGGGAGCAACGAUCGAAAAGGAUACUUCCAAGUGGGGUGUUGA